AUGGAGCCUGCCAACAGCAAAUCUCAUCCUGCUCAUCCCGCCUCCGUCCGUUCGAUCUUCCUUCGCCCUCGUGAUGCAGCUGCUAGAACUCGACUCGAUCGCCAGCCAGUUCCCCCACCAAAGGUGACAAAGCCUCGAAGAGCUCGCUGUUUAGACCAGCCCGACUACCUUCGAAUCUCAAAGACCAGAGAAAGUAACGACCAUCUCGAUCCAAGCUCAAUCCUAGCGGACAAGUUUGCAGGAAGUCUCGAUCAGUACCGAGAGAAUGUGGAAAGCGAAAGCAAACACAAGCUGGACGAGGUUGAGAGAAAUUUGGUUGGUGGCCUUGAGGAACUCACCGUCGACGUUGAAACACGGUUUCGCACUCUGGCCGAGAUCGAGGAGCAUUUGCAAAGACCGUUUGUGGCAGAGGCAUUGACCAAGAUCCCACUCGCCACGGAUACCGACCAGGCCCCUAACGACGAAGUCCUGCUCAAAGACCGCAUUUCCAAGUUUCGUGCGUUGCGGGAAGAGAAAGAGGACGUCUUGUGCAUACUAUGGAACGAAUGGGAAGAUAUCCAAUUCGAUCUGCUAGGACUGGCCGUGGAGGCCCUCGGUAAGCAGUCGAUCCAAGUUGCUCAGCUUCAAAAUGGAGCCCUGAAGCCAGGCCAGCGUGAAAGGCUUGAGAAAACCAUCGACUCCGCUCAAAAGAUCCAUGACGGGGUCUAUCAUCGCCAUACAGCACUGGGGCAGGAUCUGACAGGCUUUGAAGAGACCAUGGGCCAAAUCUCGAACAGAACUAAAAAGGCGGCCACCGACAUGCAGCAACAAUACAAUGUGCAAAAGAACAAGCUAUUCAAGGGCCUCAUGCAGUCCAUCGAGGAGCUUGCAGCAUUGUGA